GGGUGAGCCCGCAGGGUCGAGAGAGCUAGAAGCCACGGCUGGAGGAAGCGGGGAAAACCACAGAAUCACAGAUUGGACUUCCUGGAAUUCAGGGGAUUUGAAGAGAGGAUGUGAAUGGCUGGACUCUUCCGUGUGUCUGAAACAGAGAGGUACCAGGAUAAUGAAGCCGAGGGUGGAGAGGUCUAGGCCAUUCUGAGAUACAGAGCAAGAGCCUGUCUCAAAACAAAACAAAAAUGGAGAAGUGAAAGAUAAACCGAAAGGCCACGUCACAGAAACUAAAAGGAAGCCUUUCAGGUAUGGAUAAAUUGGGACAGAUCAUCUCCUUAGGCCAGCUCAUCUAUAAAAAGUGUGAAGAAAUGAAACACUGCCAGAAUCAGUGCCGGCGUCUAAAGGAGCGUGUGCAUGGCUUGCUAGAGCCUCUCCAGAGCCUCCAGGCCCAAGGAACAAACAAUCUGCCAAAGAACAUAACUAAAACCCUGGACAAGUUUGAGACUGUCCUGCAGGAGGCUAGGCAGCAGAUAGAAAAGUUCUGCAAGAAGUCCAGUAUUUGGAAGUUUGUAACUGUGGGUAAUGACAAGAUACUCUUCCUUGAAGUAAAUGAGAAGCUGAGAGAUGUCUGGGAGCAGAUGAUGCUGUGGCUUCAGGUUGAUCAACAGAGCUCUGCUUCAAAAGCAUCCUGGCUGCAGGAAGAUCAACAGGAUGCGAGAGAGGAUGAAACAGAAAAUCUGCGAGCUCUCUUGAUGAAGGUGAGCAUUGACGUGGAAGAAAUCAAGGAAACUCUGAAACAGUGCUCACUACAACCCCCACAGAAGAUUCCACAGAAAAAAAUCAAGGAGAUUAAGAAGGAACAUCUUACCAGCUCUCCAUGGACUUUACUGAAGAAAAAUGACCUCAGCACAUUUUACAGAGGAGAGUAUCACAGAUCGCCAGUUACCAUCAAAGUAUUCAACAAUCCCCAAGCCAGAAGUGUCAGUACAGUGAGGCACGCUUUCCACAACGAGAUCACAACCAUGAAGAAAUUUGAUUCUCCCAAUGUCUUGCGUAUAUUUGGGAUUUGCAUUGAUGAAACGGUGAAGCCCCCUGAAUUCUCCAUUGUCAUGGAGUACUGUGAAUUUGGAACCCUGAGGGAACUGCUGGAUGAAGAAAAGGACCUCCCUCUGAGUGUGCGCAUCUUCUUAGUCCUGGGAGCAGCCAGAGGCUUGUACAGGCUACACCAUUCAGAAACAUCCAACCAAUUGCACAAAAACAUCAGCAGUUCCAGCUUCCUGGUAGCUGAAGGCUACAACGUAAAGCUUGCAGGAUUUGAAUUAAGUAAGACGCAAACUUCCAUCAGUCGGAAGACAAAACACACUAACACAGAGAGAAACCAUCCAACGGCAUAUACCUCCCCUGAGAGACUGAAAAAUCCGUAUCGUAAAUAUAACAGACAAGAUGAAAUAUAUAGCUUUGGAAUCGUGCUCUGGGAGAUUGUCACUAGAAAGAUCCCAUUCCAAGGUUGUGAUUCGAAGAAGAUCUACGAGCUGGUAGCUGAGGGCCAGAAGCAGGAGCCAGUGGGUGAAGAUUGCCCUAAGCUAUUGCAGGAGAUCAUUGGCGAGUGCAGGGCCUAUGAGCCCAAACAAAGGCCCUCUGUGGAUGAAAUCUUAGAGAGACUGUCUGCAAUUAACUGAGGUGUGUGUGCAAACCUAAACGGAAGACUCCCUGGACAAGAAGCUGGAAGAGAAACAAACUGGACAUUUGUCUUUCAUAUCUGUUAGUAUCAAGUUUUGCUAGGUGCAAAACUUUUUUUUUUCAAAAUGUAGUCUCACCAUGUAGCCCCUGUUAGCUUGGAACUGGCUAUAUAGAACAGACCGAGUUCAAACUGAAAGAAAUCUUCUAGUUUUGCCUCCUCAAUGUUGGGAUUAAGGGCAUGGGCCACCACACCUGGCAAAGUUCUUAUUUGUUACAAAUAGAAAGCAACUCCAUGGGGCUGGAGAGAUGGCUCAGCAGUUAGGAGUACCGGUUGUUCUCCCAGAGGACCCAGGUUCAAUCCCCAGCACCCACAUCACAGUUCACAAGUCCUGUUCCAGAGAAUCUGACA